CGGCUCCAUUCACUUCGCUUUCCUCGACACCAGGGAAAUUCCUCCAUCCGCUACGAGACUGUCCAUCCGUACAUUUUUCAGUGCUCGGCAUCGCCAGAUGCUGGUAGCGAAGACUUCAUGGCUGGGUCCCGUAGGAGUCCGGUUCUGAGAGACCCGAGAAGCGGCGAUCCAGACAAUGACCCCCGGGAUAGGGACCGUCGCAGAGGUCGAGGAUCGAAUCGCGACCGGGGCAGAAGUCGCCAUCGUGAUCGAGGAGGCCGCCAGCCGCGACCAAAUGACCGCCAUUUCGACUAUCCCAACAGGUCGCCACCAUCACGCGCGUCCCGCUUCGGCCCUGAUUCAUCUCGCACUUCAAAUGACUUCCCUCUGGAUCGAUCUCCUCGUGGUUCCCCCGGCCCUUCCUCGAGCUUUCGCGAUAGUCGACGACCAGAUCAUCAUCGACCUUCCUCAUCCGGCGACUUGAAAAACAUCCAUCCAUCUGGGCCUGUGGGUAAAGAUACUCAAAGUUUCCGGCGCGACGAGUCACCGUUCGGACCGCCAUCCAAGCGCAAAAGAACCCGCAGUCCUUCUCCUAGGGGCCAAGGACCCCCAUUCCCCCAGCGUCGUUCAUCCUUUGCCAAAAAUGGGGACAGACGUGACCGAAGCCCACCAUCUAGGAGCCGAGCGCGCUUCCCGGGCCGUGGUGCCCCUAGAGGACGCUCUCCUCAUCGGGGUCGGGAUCGCCGGGGCAAAGACCGCCGUCGCCCUGAUGUGCCAAGAUCAGGUCGUUCGAGAUCCCCCGUCCGGGAUAGAGAUUUUCGUCCGUCCCCUGACCGACGGCCGCGAUCACCUACCGACGACUACAGUGACAGAGAUUCUCGAUAUCGGUCUCGGACUCGGUCUAUAUCUCGACACUCUGCACGAUCUGUGGCAUCGAAGGCAUCCGCUUAUUCCUCCCACUCUAGAAGGGACGAGGGCAUGCAUUCAAACCGACCUAUCAAGUCUGUUGUGAACGACCACGGUCGUUCUCUUUCACCUGUUCGGCGAAUUCCGAGUCUCAAUGGUAGCAGCAUGAGUGGCAUCGCCAAGGGAAAAGACAGCAUGCGAGACGCUUUUCCAAUGCAUGAAGCGCGCCCAGCUAAUGUUGAAGACAAGCGGCGCCGGCCAUCACGGCCAGACCUAGAAACCGGAAACUACUCGACUUCACCACAUCUGAAAACACCAACCAGGUCUCGUUAUGGAUCGCCUCAACCAGAGUCUCCCAAUGCUGACCGACGAGGUUCCUGGAAGGGUGUGUCCGGCCACUCUCCCCAUCGCCGACUUGAUGGGCACUAUUCACAGACCGCCUCUUCUGAACAGUACCACCAAAAUUACCAUGGUCCGUCCAACGGGACUUUCAAUCACCACUCUCAAUCCUCCCAUAACGGUCCAUCCCGUCGGGGUGGAUCGUCUGAUCACCGAGGAAACCAAGCCAGUCAUGGGUCAGACCGCCGAUUCUCCGGCUCUGGCCCUAAUGGCCUUGCAAAUCGUGGCGGGCGUGGCCACUUCAAUAACUCGCAAUGGACUGCCUCCGGGCCUCAUGGUGGUGGUGGCCCGCCUAGCCCCCGUGCAGCACAUGCGCACGGCUCACAGACCCCUCCCAGUCGGCCACUGUCACUAGAUGACCCGAAGUCUCCUCGUGCGAUUGAGCCCGAGAACCGGCCCAAGACUGGGGGCAGGGCCUUCCAAAGAGAAGAUGAUAGGGCUCCGCCCGUGUCGGAGGAGGUUAAUGACCAGAUCAUGCCUCCUCCGAAUCGUGAGCCACAGGUUUCAACUCCUGCCGACAAGGGCGGGAAAUUCAGCUUUACCUUCAAGGCGAAGACUACGCCUACACCAGCCCCGAAGCCUGUCCCCGAUCUUGCGCAGCGAAUGCGAGUGCGUGAGCCACCGCCUCGCGCCCCUGCAGCUGACCCGCCAACUCCCCGCAAUCGGUUGACCAAUGGCCCAAUGCCUACGUACAAGCCUAAGCCCGAGCCCCGGUUUGACCGCCGGGAUCGGGACCGGGACAGGGGUCGUGAUCGAGGUCGCGAUCCGCGAGACCGCCGGGAGUUCCGGGACCAGCGAGAUGCGCGAGAUCGGCGGGACUUCCAUGGUGACCCUCGAGAUCAAAGAGAAGACCGCCGGCCCGAUCACCGUCGAGACCGACGGAAACAUGACCGUCGUGUCGACACCCGGGAGGACCGCCGUAAAGAGCCAUCUCUGGAGCCUCCACGAAUCGCGCCGCCGAAGCAGAAAAAGAUCCUCACUCGUAUCAAGCCCCGUCCGAGGAUCCCGGCAGAAUUCGCAAAUUCCGAUUCUGUUUACUACCGGAAGCCGGGCAAUGAGUCUGUCAUUGGCGCUGGUACAUACGGUAAGGUGUUCAAGGGCAUCCAUGUCUACACUCAACGCAAGGUUGCGCUCAAGAAGAUUCGAAUGGAAGGCGAGAAGGAUGGCUUCCCCGUGACCGCUGUGCGGGAGAUCAAACUGCUUCAGCAUCUCCGCAACAAUAACGUGGUUAGUCUGCUGGAGGUUAUGGUUGAGAGGAAUGAGUGUUUCAUGGUCUUUGAGUAUCUCUCACACGAUUUGACGGGCCUGAUCAAUCAUCCCACGUUCUCUCUCACUCUCCCACACAAGAAAGACCUGGCCAAGCAGAUGUUUGAAGGUCUCAGCUAUCUUCAUCACCGUGGUGUCCUGCACCGAGACAUCAAGGCUGCCAAUAUUUUGAUCAGCAAUACUGGUCUCCUGAAAUACGCCGACUUUGGUCUGGCACGUUUCUAUUCGAAGAGUCGCCAGCUUGAUUACACCAACCGUGUGAUCACCAUUUGGUACCGACCCCCAGAACUUCUUCUGGGUGAGACCCGGUAUGGUCCCAGCGUGGACGUGUGGAGUGCGGCAUGCGUGUGUAUGGAGAUGUUUACCAAGAAGGCCGUCUUCCCCGGCGAGGGUAGUGAACUCAGUCAGCUGGACAAGGUCUACAACACUCUGGGCACUCCGACGCGGGCCGAGUGGCCAGACGUUGUAGAAAUGCCCUGGUUCCAGCUGAUGCGCCCCGCCGAACGCAAGACGCGAGUCUUCGAGGAGCACUACCGCGACGCCCUGACCCCCGCAGCCCUGGCUAUGAUCACGCAAGUCUUCCAGUACGACCCUGCCAAGCGGCCCAGCGCCGACGAAGUCCUGAAGCACCCAUUCUUCGUGUCAGAAGAACCCGCCCCUCAACAAGCUAUCGAACUGGAGCACGUUGAAGGGGACUGGCACGAAUUCGAGUCCAAGGCUCACCGCAAAGAGGCCCGGCGAGCCGAGCAGCAGAGCCAAAAGGAACGCGAGAAGCGCAAGGCCGAGGCCUCUGUCCCAUCAAGUGAUCGGGACUCGAAGAGGAUUCGCGCCGAAGGCACUGACCAGACAUCUGGUCAUGUAUGAGUGGGGAUGGGCGAUGCGAUGAGCGUGAUCUAAUCUUUUUUGGCAUUCUUGUACUAUGGCAUCGGGCAUGGCUGGAGGAUGGACUGGCUUGCAUUUUGUGUGUUUUAUUUCCCUUUCAUGGGACUUCAUUUUGAGGGGAUAUCCUGGGCUUGUUUUCUGUCAUAUAUCGCCCGUGAGCGUAAAAACUCUU